AUGGCCUCAAGCCCCUCCUAUCCUCGUUGGACCUCCCAGAUCCAGACACCUUGGCCCCCAGACCUAAUGGAUCAGGGCCUCACCCAUACCUUACAGUACAAGAAGGCUCGUCUUAAAAGCCGACAGCAUUGGCUGAGAGACCAUAUCCAGCAAGGCGUUCUAUUCCAGAGCUGGACAGCGAACAAUACUCGAAGGUCAUGGCUCGUCAGCACUGAUAACGACCCCAACGGCAGGUCUAUACCCAACAGCAUUCUUCUGCAGGCCAGUCCUGAUCCCAUUAAGCUCCUUGCUCAGAAGCUGUUUACUGAGGAGCAUGUCCGUUUGGCAAAUCAGCAGAGUGGAGAUCAAAGGUUCUGUGGUAAAGAGACACCAGCUUCUUCCGCCUUACAGACCAACUGGUUGCGGCGCACAGGCUGGGAAACGACAUUUAGAGACGCGCAUCGCGAUAUUCUAGUUCGCCUUACGGAGCUACCUCACUGCACGGCUAACCGGUCCUCACCUCUCCGUGUUGUUGAAGGAGAAGUCAUCUUCAGUCUGGCUCGUGACGAGCGUAAGCUGGUAGAUAUGAUGGCCGCACUAGAUCGUCUCCUGGAUCAAUGCCGUGAGACAGUCCGGAAGGCGGAUGUCUGUUUGAGAAGGUGGCUUCGCGGCAGAUUCCCAGACCGUCCUUACAAGAUGCCCUUCGAAUUGGUUGCAAAGUCAUCUUCCGAGAAGAUCUACCGGACAGAACUGAAGCGCUUUGUCUGCUUCUGGCUUCGACUAUUCCGGUUAUUGCCGACGAUUAUACAGAAAAUUAUAGGACAUGGGCUGAAAAAACAUCAGUUUAGAGCCUUACGGGAGCUCUGGGUGAAUGAUAUAUGGCAGUCUGCGGAACAUAUUGACUCAGACCCUGCUGUUGAUAAGGAUGAAGGACACGAUGAGGACGAAGGGGAGUACGAUCCAAGAUGA